AUGCCGCUUACUGUGGGGAAGGCAGGUCCAGGCUCGGACUUUCGAAAGUUCAUGGAGAAGCGACUGCAAGUGUACCUAAAUGGAAACAGACAAAUCGUCGGAGUUUUGAGAGGAUAUGACACCUUCAUGAAUUUAGUUCUGGACAACACGGUCGAGAUAAAGAAGGAGGAACAAAUUGACAUUGGCAUUGUCGUCAUCCGGGGCAACAGCAUUUCUUACUGGGAGUGCCUAGACAGGGUUGACAUUAAAUGA